AGAUUUUUAUAAACGAAACCACUUCUCUCUCUCUCUCUUUUUCGCUCUGUAAUGCAGACAGACACUGAACUGACCUCAUUUCUCUACCCCCAUAAAAUAAAGUGGGAGGGAGGCGGAGGAGGAGGGUGCGAGAGAAUCGUGUGACUCCUUCUCUCUUCCCUUUUGCCCUCUCUCUCUCUCUCUCUCACGCAUUCUUACUGUUACUCCCAUUUCAGUUUCUGUUCCUCUUCCCCCUCUCUCUCUCUCUUACACAACAUCUACGCAUGCUUAUCAAACCAGUUCGGUGCUCUUCAUCUUCUUCUGAGCUCUCCUUCUAUAUAUCUGCCAUAGCUGAUCUUCAUCGUGCAAAUCUGUUCCUGCAUUUUUGUCUUUCGUUUUCCCUCUUUGACUGGCCCUCCUUCUGUCCUCUGCUGUGUAUUUGAGAGAAAAACAGAGGUGGUUUCUCGGGAACAACCCUUGGAAGGAAAUCGCCUUCCCUCUCUCUCUCUCUCUCUCUGUUGGCUCUGUCCUCCCGAGCCUUUCUGGAUUUCACUCCACGAUGAGCGCUCAACACUUGAAAGGCAGUGCGGGUGGCCUUUCCCUCUCUUGCGAAUCGAGCCAUUUGAGUCGCCAGGGGCCUGAAAAUCCAGACGUGGGUCUUCAGAUUCUGACCACCUCGUGGGAGAGAGCUGAAAAACUUGUGACAAUCCAAAAGCCGAACGCGAGAAAUGGCUGCAUUUUAGGACUCGAGACAAAAGGUUCGGUCUUGUUUUUUUCAGGUGGAGCAGAGGAACAGAAGACGCAGGCCCUUUGUGUCAAAAGUAGAGGACACACCAAGCUUUGCACAAGAGGGCACUGGAGACCAGCUGAAGAUGUCAAGCUCAAAGAUCUUGUUGGAAGAUUCGGACCUCAAAAUUGGAACUUGAUCGCAGAACACCUUCAAGGAAGAUCAGGAAAAAGUUGCAGGCUCAGGUGGUUCAAUCAGCUGGAUCCGCGAAUCAACAGAAGAGCUUUCAGCGAGGAAGAAGAGGAUAGGCUCUUGGCCGCUCACAAGGUGUACGGGAACAAAUGGGCCAUGAUUGCCCGGUUAUUUCCCGGACGGACCGAUAAUGCGGUCAAGAAUCACUGGCAUGUGAUCACGGCCAGGAGGCAGCGAGAGCAGUCCAAUGUGUACAGGAAGAGAAAGCCACCUUCGCAUCUCCAUCAUCGUCAAGUCUUGCCCAAGGGGCUCGAUCCUUCUUCUUCGACGACCCUCUCGAGCAAUGUGGAUGAAUCUGACUCCGCCUGCACUGAUCUCUCCCUCACUCCCUCUUCGGCUAUGUCAUCUCAUGCUUUAUUCUCCGGUUCAUCUGGCAAGAAGACAGCGGUGGUGGAUAAUGUGAACUCUCACGAGUCCUUUUUAACUCGAAAUGGCUUCCAUUUUCCUGGAUCAGUGAUCAACCUAAGGGGUCUGGACCGUCAUCACAACUCUGGCAACUCAUCAGAUUCAAACUCUGAAGUCUCAGCCCCUGAAUCAGUUGCCGCUCCCGCCGCCACCCCCAUCGCCAAUAGCAACAAGAUGAGCACCCCAGGCUUCAUUGAUUUUUUGGGAGUGGGAACUACUUGAAACUCAGAGGAGGGCACACUCUCACUCUCUUGGCAUCUAAAUAGGUAGAGAGGGUGACUGAACUGAGAGACCAAAGACGAAAAAAAGCAGCCGCCAAGAAAAGCAUCCAACGGAAGAUGGGUCUGGUUGGGUUUCUUCAUAUAGUAACUGAUGAAUGCCCCCCCUUAUUUGGGGUUUGAAUCUCGAAUAGCAUGUGAAGAGACAACAUGCUGCUGCAAAAGGGCCAUCUUCCCCAUUCCCUUUCGCGUACAGAGUUAGUGUUUCCAUAAACAGAAAAAAAAAAAGGAAAAGAAGGAAGGGAAAAACACUUCAAUGACUUGUUGACAGAGAGAGAAAGAGAGAGUAAAUGAGCCUGAAAAGAUUAGUGAGCUGAGAACUGACGGGGGGGGAGUGGUUGAUUUGAUUAAACCUGAGGGUGUACUGUCAUGAGGAUCUAGAGGGACAAGAACAGGUGAAAACAACAAAAAAAGGUAGAAAAGGUUUGUCUUUUGUUACAUCUUAGUUGUGAAACCUGCUCAUCUUUCCUGACUUUUGAAGGCAGUCGCUGGGUUUCUCUGCUA